AUGUCCUCCUCGCUCGAUCAAUUGAAGGCUACUGGCACCACCGUUGUCUGCGACUCCGGUGACUUCGCGACCAUCGCCAAGUACAAGCCGCAAGAUGCCACCACCAACCCCUCGCUCAUCCUCGCCGCGUCCAAGAAGCCCGAGUACGCGAAACUGAUCGACGCCGCGGUGGAAUACGGCAAGAAGCACGGAAGCAACACCAACGAGCAGGUCGAUGCAACAUUGGACAACUUGCUGGUGCAGUUCGGCAAGGAGAUCCUGAACAUCAUCCCCGGCAAGGUCUCGACCGAGGUGGAUGCGCGCUUCUCGUUCGACACAAAGAAGUCAGUGGAGAAGGCCCUGCAUAUCAUCGAGCUGUAUAAGGAGGUUGGCGUCCCCAAGGAGCGCAUCCUCAUCAAGGUCGCCUCGACAUGGGAGGGUAUCAAGGCCGCCGAGAUCCUGCAGUCGCAGCAUGGCGUCAACUGCAACCUGACGCUCAUGUUCUCGCUUGUCCAGGCCAUUGCCGCCGCUGAGGCCGGCGCCUACCUCAUCUCUCCCUUCGUCGGCCGCAUCCUUGACUGGUACAAGGCGGCGACCAAGAAGGACUACUCCGCAGAGGAGGAUCCUGGUGUCAAGAGCGUCCAGAGCAUCUUCAACUACUACAAGAAGUUCGGCUACAAGACCAUUGUCAUGGGCGCUUCGUUCAGGAACAUCGGCGAGAUUACCGAGCUCGCCGGCUGCGAUUACCUGACCAUCUCUCCCAAUCUCCUUGAGGAUCUCUACAACUCCACCGCAUCCGUCCCCCAGAAGCUCGACGCUUCGGGAGCCGCUGCGCUUAACCUCGAGAAGAAGACGUACAUCAACAGCGAGGCCGACUUCCGCUUCGACUUCAACGAGGAGCAGAUGGCGGUCGAGAAGCUCCGUGAGGGCAUCUCCAAGUUCGCGGCCGACGCCGUCACGCUCAAGGACAUCCUCCGCAAGAAGAUUGAGGCAUAG